UGAGAAAUCAAAGGCAAGUGGGAUUUCCUCGUAGUCUGCAGCGAGUGCACAUUAUUUCCUUUUCGAUCGUGUCAGAUUAGAUCGCACUAAUGCUGAUUUACAUGAAAAGUCUCGCGACGCGAGUUACAACGUAGCGUUUUGGGUGGCAUUUAACGAAUGAUAAAAAUGGCGAAAAAUAUGAAGGUGCCAUGUUGCAAAUUGGACGAGGGCGCGGAAAUCGCUCCCACUUUUUCUCCCCUGACUCUUUCUCUCUCUGUCAAGCGCACAUACUCGAAAUUCGAAGGUUAUUUUUAGAUUAGGUUUCCUCGUCGCGUAUGGCCACGAAGAACAGAGCGGCAUCGAAGAAGCUCAGUGUAAGAGAGGCGUCGGUGGAGGACGCAGUGGUGACGACGAACUCUUCGAAAAGUGAGAAGAAGAGCGUGCACGAGGGAAGAGAAUCGAGAGAGGAGAGAAAGAGAUAUUAGGGGGAGGGGAGCGCACACCGACGUCCGAACGAUCUCUCACGAACGAACGAUCGACUGAAAUUACUUUUUUCCUGUAAAAUCCUCGAUUUCCCUACUUAACCUUUCCUUGCUUUCCCGUCUUUCCCGCAUCCCUUCCUAAGCCACUUUUUAUUUUCAACGACGAAACGAAUUACUGAACGAAAUAUAACGAGCUAUGGCAGCCACCGCCAUGGAUCCAGUCGACAUUGCUAAUAUCCUCGCGCAGGAACUGCUUUAUCAGCAGCUCGUUUCUUUGGACGGCUUGCACAGCGGAGUGCCGACCAGAACGACGCCGACAUUGACGCCGACAACGCUCCGCAGCAUCGAACAGACGUUCCUGGAGCUGACCAGCGAGUCAGCGUCACACAGUCGCGAAGCAGGCUUUGUACCCCCGUUGGUUGAGCCCUCGCAGCCGACGCCGGCACAAACGCAGAACACGUCGGCCCAUCACAUCGUCACCAACGUGUCAGCCGGCCCUGUGGCUACCAACACCACCCUGGUGGACAGCCAACAGACGCAACAGCCGCAGCAACCGACCAGACGCAACAUGGGCGGUAGAAGGCCGACGAGAACGAUCGGGAUGACACCCGAAGAGGAGGAACGACGACAGAUACGCAGAGAGAGGAAUAAAAUGGCAGCAGCCAGAUGCCGCAAGCGAAGGAUGGAUCAUACCAAUGCCCUGUUAGAAGAGACUGAGGGUUUGGAACAAAAGAAGCAAAGCUUGCAAGAGGAGAUCCACCAGCUGCAACAAGCCAAAGACGAGCUGGAGUUCAUCCUGGAGGCUCACAGAGCAGUCUGUCGACUCGGUUCCAGGUCUCCGCCGGACGUGAAGCCCGUGAUAAAGCCAGAACUUCCGGCCGAGGAUCAUCAGUUCGCCAGCGUCGACAACGCGAAACGCGAAUCGCUGAAUGCCGCUGUAAGACCAAACCGGCCGAACUCGUUGCCAGUCGGUUUCGACAAUAAUAACCGGCCAAACUCCCUGUCGAUCUUCACCGAAUCGAAGGAGAGACCUGACUCGCUCACGUUCAAGACCGUCGAGACGCCAUCUUUCAUGAAACCGUCAUUGGACGUCGUUGGGAUGCCCAUCACUACCCCUACGAGCGGCAUACCCUUCAACUUCGAGUCCCUGAUGGAGGGUGGUACCGGCCUCACGCCAGUUUCCACGCCCUUGAUACCAUCCUGCUCGACGCAGCAGAGAAACAACCUGUCUGCCGUUGACCUCAGCUCCCCAGAUGCAAAUCCACCGAAGCUGGUGAGCUUGUGACGCCAAGAUGACCUCGAGUACGGAUCUAACGAGGACGAUCCGGAAUGAAAGAGGUGUCAACGCCGUGUCUUGGACCUUUCGAAACUUUGUACAGAAGAUGAAGAAGCAAGUUUUACGCGUUAAGGCUAAGGGAUUCAUCUUAGCGCUCAAAACUCUCUGAUAGGUUAAGAAAGUAGGCGGCCAUCUUUUUUGAAUCAGGCCUCUUGCAUGGCACCUUAUGCGCUGUUAUUCGAGGAGACACGCGACUCGACGAUGAUUUUUUUACAGUAGAGUCUCGUUAUGUGGCCACGAAUGGAGAUUUCAAUGAAAGUUUGAGAAAGGCCAUGUAAACGACACUCUUUGUAUGCAGUGUUUGUUUGUCAAAAUUCGAUGCUAGCAAUUUUUGUCGCUAAAAAUUUGAGAAUUGUAAAUUUGUAAUGUUGCGAGUUUGAAAUUCUGGAAUUACUUUGUAGCCAGUGACUGGAGAGUCGCUAGUAUGCAUGAAGGUGGCAAUAUAACGGGAGUGUACCGUAUGAACGUAUGCGUACGUUGUAAAGAUUCGAGGAAUGCCUUUACUCUCGCAUUCUUGAUAGACUGUGAGAAACGGAUAUUGUUUUUUGGCAUUUCGAUUCGCGUCGAUGCCGCUCAUUUACAUUACGAAUAACGAGAAGAUUUUUACGAGCAAAUGACGUGGUUUGCAAGUUUCCCGUAAUAUGUAAUCCCUCCAUACAUAUAAUAUAUAUACAUACAUAUAUUUUACUAUGUAUGACAUUUUUGCAUGAUCUUUAAGCAAUAUUAAUAUAUUUAUACGCGGCUGCUGUUUGCGAGGCUGGCCGAUAUUUUCGAUAAGACUUUCUUCUUUCUUUUUUUUUAUUAUAAUAUUAUACAUAUAGCAUUAGCAAGAGAGAGGAGGUAGACGGUUUUACGACCUGCUCGAUUUCAGCCCCGUGAUCGGCGGUCGCGAUCAACGAUCGUUAAUUAAGAUAAAAUUGUAACGCACCAUCGAUGAACGCUGCAAUACAUUUUGAUUGGAUCGAACGAGUAAAUCAAUUAAACAUUAUAUAAUUGUCGACGAAUAAUAACGAUGUGUUUCAAUUGUGUAUCAUAAUUGUAAACUUCAUCUAGCUGUAAGUUGAGGGAUAUUGCGUACAUGUUCGUUUACGAGUUCUUCUCGUAAACGUCAUGGAUGUUUGGAACGAAAAACGUUCCCGUGAUAGAACGUGCAAAUAAACUCGUACAGCGUUAAUGGUCGAAUUUUAUAUAUUUGUACAGUCGAAUCGAUGAUUUCUGAAUACAAAAAACAAAAAA